GGGCAGUUUCGACUUUUUGGAGAGGAGAGGGUGGGGAGGCGUGAGCGCGAGGGAAGGGGAGGGGGUUUCUCGAUUUCUUCCGCGCGGUUGCGGAAUCGCGAAUUCAAUUCGAUUCCGCUCCACCACCACCACCUCGCGCCGCCCAGCUGCUCCGAUUCGCGCUGCGGAGCUUCCCUUUUUCCACCCGCUGAUCGAUUGAUUCGUUGUUUUUUGGGGGGGAUUUUUUUCUGGUGUGUGUGUUUUUUUUCCCGAUCGGAUCGGUCCAGAUCGGGUCGAUUUGGGCGGGGUGGAGGAGGUGGAGGGAAGGGGGAGAUGCGGAUCGAGGAGCUUCCGGGUGAUUCCGGCGGAGGAGGUGGGGAUGGUGGUGGUGGUGGUGGCGGCGGGGCGCUGCUGCAGCUGCGUCGUGGGGCGGCGGCGGCGGCGGCGGCGGUGGAGGAGGAGGGUGGGGUGGUGAUGCGUGUGGCUUUCGACGCGAAGCGCGCGGCGGUGGGCGUCGGCGCGCGGAUGCUGUUCUACCCGACGCUGGUGUACAACGUCGUCAGGAACCGAUUCGAGCCGCACUUCCACUGGUGGGAUCAGGUCGACGAGCAUGUUCUGCUCGGUGCUGUUCCUUUCCCCAGCGAUGUUCUACGGCUGAAGGAGCUUGGAGUUUGCGGUGUUGUGACACUGAAUGAAUCCUACGAGAGGCUGGUUCCCAGGUGCCUGUAUGAGGCUCAUGGAAUUGAAAACCUGGUGUUACCAACUAGAGAUUAUCUUUAUGCACCAUCAUUUGAGAACCUUUGCCGGGCUGCUGACUUCAUCCACAGAAAUGCUUUGUGUGGGAAGUUGACAUAUGUUCACUGCAAAGCUGGACGUGGACGGAGCACAACAGUUGUUCUUUGCUACUUGGUGCAAUACAAACAAAUGACUCCGGCUGAAGCUUAUGAACAUGUUCGCUUGCGCAGGCCAAGGGUGCUAUUAGCUUCUGCACAGCGGCAGGCUGUUGAGCAAUUCUACCAGCUUAGGGUGAAGAAAUCUGGGAAAUCCAUUUGCCUGGACAGCCCAAUAAUGAAACCACCGCUGUUCCUUGCCACUCGCAACCUCAUUGCAUUUGACGAGAAGACAUUCGUCAUGGUUUCCAAAUCGGACCUCGAAGGGUAUGAUGCGGAUACCUUGGCCGUUAACGUGGGCAGUGGCUUGUGGGAGAUAAGCCUAGUAUACCGCGUGCAGUUUGCGAGCCAGGCGGCCUUUGCAGGGUUCUCAUACCUGUGGGUACGAUGCCGUGCCCCCCGUAAGAACAAGGAGGCACUCCCUGUCCCUGAGAGUAACAAUAGCGUGGGGAGCGAGAGCUGCUCCCUUGAGGCAGAGCAACUCGCCAAACCUCACCCAUGUUUGCUUCAAGGUGUCAUGGUUAAUCCAUGAUCGUUCGACUUGCAUUCGCCGCGACCUUUCUUUUAACUUUUUGUCUGGCAUGUCAUCCGUAUAUAUUAAAGCCAAGAACAUGCAAAUGCAAUGUGAAGUCCUUAACUCCAGUCUCCUCAGCAAGCAAAGAGUGCAGUUGCUUGGGUAUGUACAUAUCUGUAAUAAGUUGACUUCUACAUGUACAGAGGUAAAUGACAAGGUAUCUCAAAUCGCUGACCAUGUGUCCCAACUAGCCCACUUGAUUAUUCGGUGGAAACUAUCAUAUAUUUUUCCUCUUAA